CCUCCAGCCCCCGGCAAAGCUGCCCUUAUGGUCGCCUUAGAUUCAUCCAGUGACGAUGAGGAGGACGAAGACGAGGAAGAAAUGGACGCACAGUCAGAAGGGUCCAGUGAUUCUGACAGCGGACCGACCGAAGAAGCAGCUGACCAAGUCCCGAAACCCAAACCAACACAACAGUUUCCUAACCGACCUGUCACGAAAGAGGGUAUCCUGAAGUACCGUCACAAGCGAGAGCGCAAUCCGCGUGUCCAUCUCCGGCACAAAUUCCGAAAGGCCCAAAUCCGCUAUCGCUCCCGUGUCCCCGAGGUCCGCAAGGAGGACACACCAUACGCCGGCGAACUAAGAGGCAUACGCGUCAACCUAAUCAAAUCACACAAGUUCAAGAAACCGAAGUAG